AGAAAACCCCUUCUCAUAGCAGAACUCCAUAUAUUGCAGAUUCUCUCUCCUCAGCAGCCAUUGUUGCAAACCUCAAUUCCUCAAACCUUAGCUUCACGUUAGUGGCUUCAGGAUUCUACACACAAAUUGAAAAUUGAAGGAAAACAAAUAAAAAAUUAGAGAAAAAUAUCCGCAAUUUAGGGCACACUUUGAGAUCAUUUUCAUCGUAUUUAAAUCGGUUUGUAUGAAUUUAUGCAGAGUUGAAUAAAUCAGGGGAGUUAUAAAUGGGUAGGAAGAAGAAUUUAGUGAUAGAUGAUGAUGAGUAUUCAGUUGCGACUGAGUUGUCUGAGGAGUCUCAGGUUACGGAAGAAGAUAAAGUAGUUCCUACUGGUGGUGGGAAGAAGAAAGGGAAAAAGGGAAAUUCUAAAGGGGCACAGUCGAGAGAUGAGGAAGAUGAGGAGGUUCCGGAAGUGGCUUUUGCUGGGAAGAAGAAGUCUUCGAAGAAGGGUGGCGUUAAGGCAGGUUUUGAGUUGUUAGGGGAUGAGGAUAAUGACGAUCAAGUGAAGGAUGGGAGUGACGAUGAGGAGGAUGUGUCUGUUGUGAGUUUCACGGGCAAGAAGAAGUCAUCAAAGGGUUCCAAGAAGGGUGGUGGUAAGGCUAGUUUUGCGUUAUUAGGGGAUGAUGGUGAUGAAGAUGAUGAAGUGAAGGGUCAGAGUGAGGGGGAGGAUGAUGUACCUGCUGUGAGCUUUACAGGGAAGAAGAAGCCGUCAAAGGGUUCAAAGAAGGGUGGUUCAAAGACAAGUUUUGCACUUUUGGAUGAUGAGGAUAAUGAUGGAGAUGAGAAUGUUCAGAGUGAGGAGGAUGAAGCUCCUUCAAUGAGCUUUGUAGGGAAGAAGAAACCAUCUAAAGGGUCGAAGAAGGGUAGCAGUUUGUUCAGUGCUGCGUUGUUGGAGGAAGAAGAUGGUGAAGAGGAUGAUUCUCAUUCCGAGGCUCCUUCUGUUUCAAAGACUGCAUAUGAUGAAGUUGAUGAAGCUGAUGUGGUUGUUGCAUUUACUGGUAAAAAGAAGUCAUCCAAAAAGAAAGGUAGCAGUGCAUUAACUGCUUUAGGAGAUGACAUCACCACUGAAAUGGAAACAAAGGUAAUCGCCAAUAAUGCAGAAGUGGAUGAUUAUUUGCCUCAAGAAAAGGUCAGUGCAGUGGUGCCUGAAACUUCCAAGAAUAAGAAGAAGAAAAAAAAGGGUGGAAGGACAGCUGAAGAACAAGACGAUUUGGAUAAGAUUCUAGCAGAACUAGGGGAAGGGCCUGCGGUCUCAAAGCCAGAACCCACUCCAGCGCCAUCUCAAGUUGAGAAAGCUGAUACACAAUUGGAACCUGUUGGCUUGACUGAAGCAGCAGGUGAAAAAGAGGGUGAGGAUGAAGGAAUCGUGGAGUCAGCGGCCGCGAAGAAGAAGAAAAAGAAGAAAGAGAAGGAGAAAGAGAAAAAAGCAGCAGCUGCUGCCGCAUCGUCUGCAGAGAUAAAGGUGGAAAAGGAAGAUGUGAAAAAUGAAACAAAAAAUAAAGCGGUGGACAAGAAACUUCCCAAGCAUGUCAGGGAAAUGCAAGAGGCACUUGCUAGGCGUAAGGAGAUGGAAGAAAGGCAAAAGCAAGAAGAAGAAGAGAGGUUAAGGAAGGAGGAAGAGGAGCGACUUAGGCAAGAGGAGCUUUUGAGGCAGGCAGAGGAAGCCAAGCUUAAGAAAAAAGAGAAGGAAAAAGAAAAGCUUCGACUGAAAAAGGAGGCUGGCCUUUUCCUUACUGCGAAGCAGAAGGAAGAACAGCGCAAGAGAGAAAUAAUGAAAAAUCAGUUUCUUGCUACCGCUGGAAAUAAGCUUCCUGCUUCUGACAACGGUGCUCCAACUAAGCGACCUAUUUACACGACAAAGAAGUCGAAGUCAAACCGUCAAACAAAUGGUGUGAAGACUCAAACUCUGGAGGAUAUGGAGACCAACCAGGAAGCUGUUGGGGAUAGUGAGCUUGUUGAAACGGAGAAGGUGGACGAGGUUUGCACAAUUGAUGUGGAGGAGAAGUCUGAAGUUGCUGAUGAAAUAGAAGAUGUUGUUGCCGAAGAGGAUAACGAAGAUGAUGAUGAGGACUGGGAUGCUAAAAGUUGGGAUGAAAGUAACCUUUCUUUACCUGCUACGAGGGCAUUUGAAGAUGAAGAGACUGAUUCCGGGGAUCAGUCAUUAGUCAAAAAGGAAGUAAAACAGGCAGCCCAAUCAGUUCGUGAUACUGGUAGGCCUGCUGCAACUGCCAAUGAGGCUCACUCAUCUCAGGCAACUAAAGGCCAGACUUCUCUUAGUAAGCAGAAGCAUUCUGACUCUGAAGCUGUAGGGAAGAAAAGGAGUAAAGAAACUGAAGUUCAAAAGAAAAAACCUAGUUCAGAUACUCAGGCUAAAAAUGGUGAAGGAGACCUUAGGUCUCCAAUCUGUUGUAUAAUGGGUCAUGUUGACACUGGUAAAACCAAGCUGCUUGAUUGUAUCAGAGGUACUAAUGUUCAGGAGGGCGAAGCUGGAGGUAUCACACAACAAAUUGGAGCAACAUACUUCCCCGCUGAGAACAUCAGAGAGAGGACCAGGGAAUUGAAAGCUGAUGCAAAGCUGAAAGUCCCAGGUCUUCUUGUUAUUGACACCCCAGGGCACGAAUCUUUCACUAACUUGCGAUCGCGAGGUUCCGGGUUGUGUGAUAUUGCUAUCUUGGUUGUGGACAUCAUGCAUGGCUUGGAACCACAGACAAUUGAGUCACUUAACCUUUUGAGGAUGAGGAAUACAGAGUUUAUCGUGGCCUUGAACAAGGUUGACCGACUUUAUGGGUGGAAAACAUGUCGCAACGCUCCUAUUGUGAAGGCUAUGAAACAACAAUCCAAGGAUGUGCAAAAUGAGUUCAAUAUGAGAACCAUAGGGGUAAUUACCCAGUUUAAGGAACAGGGCUUAAAUACUGAACUGUACUAUAAAAACAAAGAUAUGGGUGAAACAUACAACAUUGUACCAACUAGCGCAAUAAGUGGGGAAGGUAUCCCUGAUAUGCUAUUGGUAUUAGUGCAAUGGUCUCAGAAGACGAUGAUUGAGAAGCUUACCUUCAGGGAUGAAAUCGAGUGUACAGUACUCGAGGUUAAGGUCGUGGAGGGUCAUGGAACAACCAUUGAUGUUGUAUUGGUCAAUGGUGUUCUUCACGAAGGAGAUCAGAUUGUUGUUUGUGGCAUGCAGGGCCCUAUAUGUGCAACCAUCCGUGCUCUGUUGACUCCUCAUCCAAUGAAGGAACUUAGAGUCAAGGGAACAUAUCUGCAUCAUAAACAAAUCAAGGCGGCGCAGGGGAUCAAAAUAUCUGCACAGGGUCUUGAGCAUGCUAUUCCUGGGACUGCCUUGUAUGUUGUGGGACCUAAUGAUGAUGUUGAAGAGAUAAAAAAGUUAGCCAUGGAAGACAUGGAGUCUGUAUUGAGCCGGAUAGACAAGAGUGGAGAGGGGGUAUGUGUGCAAGCAUCUACACUCGGAUCAUUAGAGGCAUUAUUGGAGUUUUUAAAAUCACCAGCUGUAAGCAUUCCCGUCAGUGGCAUAAAUAUAGGCCCUGUGCAUAAGAAGGAUGUUAUGAGGGCAAGUGUCAUGCUUGAGAAAAAGAAAGAGUAUGCGACUAUAUUGGCGUUCGAUGUCAAGGUCACACCAGAGGCAAAAGAAUAUGCAGAUGAUGCUGGUGUUCAAAUCUUUUCGGCUGAUAUCAUUUAUCACCUGUUUGAUCAAUUCAAAGCUUACAUUGAUGACAUCAAGGAGGAGAAGAAAAAGGAAGCUGCUGAGGAGGCAGUCUUUCCUUGUGUACUCAAGAUUUUACCCAGUUGCAUAUUCAACAAAAAGGAUCCUAUUGUGGUGGGGGUGGAUGUUCUUGAAGGCGUUGUAAAGAUGGGUGCCCCAAUCUGUGUUCCUUCAAAGGACUUUAUAGACAUUGGGCGUAUUGCUUCCAUCGAAAAUAAUUUCAAACCAGUUGACUCAGCAAAAAAAGGCCAGCAAGUCGCCAUUAAGAUUGCGGGUAGCAAUCCCGAAGAGCAGCAAAAGAUGUAUGGAAGACAUUUUGAAGCGGAUGAUGAGCUUGUUAGUCGCAUUUCUAGAAAAUCAAUUGACGUGCUCAAAGCCAAUUACCGGAACGAUCCCUCUAUGCCUACCGAAAACUGGAAAUUGCUUGUCAAGUUGAAGAAUCUGUUUAAGAUACAGUAAGAAGAUUCUAUUGCUGCUCCUGUACUAUUCCCGGCAUUUUUGUGUUGAUAAGCGAGUCAUACGUGGAGCUGAAGUGUCAAACUUGAAGAUGGAAGUUGGAACAUGGGCACCAAUUCAGUCGAAAGUUCAAGGAGCCUGCAGGGAUCUGAUUGACGUACUUUUUGGCAUUGAGACAAAGAAGUUGAUACUCUGAUUAGGAAUAUCAAUGUUUUAUCUUUUGUAAUUUUCGAUCUAGAGAGGAGGGGAGAGGGGGGGAUAGUGAAGUAUGUCGAUUUUUUUUGAGAAAUUCAUGGAUUUUGAGUUAUGUUAUUCGAUGUAAUCUCGUGAACCUCAGAAAAGAAAGGGGUCGAGAGUAAAAGAAAGAAUAGAGAAGAACAACGUUUUGGAAUAAAUAUUGUUUUUGAACAAAA